AUGUCUGUCUGCAGGAGCUUUGGAGUCGGGGGGAGAAAGGGAUUCAGCUCCUGCUCUGCUGUCGGUGGUGGAUUUGGAGGCGGUGGUGGCCGGAGCAAGAUCAGCUACAGCUCAUACUCCUCAUCUCGGGGAGGAAGCGGAGGAGGACACUGUGGAGGGUUCAGUAGCCGGAGCCUCCAUAGCACGGGGGGCAGCAGAAGGAUUGCCAUGGGCGGGUGCUAUGGUGGUGGUGGAUACGGUGGCAGGAUGGGUGGCUUUGGUGGAGUGGGUGGUGGAGCAGGAAUGGGUGGCUUUGGUGGUGGAAUGGGCAGUGGGGGAAUGGGUGGAAUGGGUGGCUUUGGUGGUCCAGGCUUCCCUGGAGGCAUCCAGCCGGUGCAAGUUGACCCCAGCCUCCUGCGGCCAGUCCAUGUUGAGAUUGACCCCCAGAUCCAGCAAGUCAAAACCCAGGAGAAGGAGCAGAUCAAGACCCUGAACAACCAGUUCGCCUCCUUCAUUGACAAGGUGCGAUUCCUGGAGCAGCAGAACAAGGUGCUCUCCACCAAGUGGGAGCUGCUCCAGCAGCAAGGGCCGUCAGGGCCGAGGAAGAACCUGGAUGCGAUCUUUGAGAAUUACAUCCAGAACCUGCGGAGGAGGCUGGAGUCUCUGCUGGGGCAGCGGAGCCAGCUGGAAUCGGAGCUGCAGAACAUGAGGCAGUACGUGGAGGAGUUCAAAACCAAGUAUGAGGAGGAGAUCAACCGUCGCACGGCUGCUGAGAACGAGUUUGUGGUGCUGAAGAAGGAUGUGGACUGUGCCUACAUGACCAAAGUUGAGCUGGAAGCCAAGGUGGGAGCUCUGACAGACGAAAUCAACUUCCUGAGGUGCAUCUACGAGGAGGAGCUGUCUCAGAUGCAGACGAUCAGCCGGGACCUGUCCGUGGUGGUGUCCAUGGACAACAACCGGCACCUGGACCUGGACAGCAUCAUCGAGGAGGUUCGGCGCCAGUACGAGCAGAUUGCCCAGAGCAGCCGGGCUGAGGCUGAGGCCUGGUACCAGAGCCGGUAUGAAGAGCUCCAGAACACUGCUGGAAAACACGGGGACAGCCUCCGCAACACCAAGAUUGAGAUCCAGGAGCUGACCAGGAACAUUCAGAGGCUGCGGGCUGAGAUUGAGAACGUGAAGAAGCAGAACCAGCAGCUUCAGUCAGCCAUCGCUGAGGCUGAGGAGAGGGGAGAGAUGGCCAUCAAGGAUGCCAGGAGGAAGCUGGAAGAGCUGGAAUGUGCCCUGAACAAGGACAAGGAGGAACUGGCUCGCCUGCUGAAGGAGUACCAGGAGCUGCUGAACACCAAAAUUGCACUGGACGUUGAGAUUGCUAUGUACAGGAAGCUGCUGGAGGGAGAAGAGAACAGGCUGUGCAACGACAGCAUGUCCAACGUCAAUGUCUCUGUGGUGGGCAGGACGACUGUCUCCGGAGGCAGAGGAGGCAUGGGAGGCGGAUUCGGAGGCAGCGGCAUGGGAGGAGGAUUCGGAGGCGGCAGCUGUGGAAUGGGAGGAUUCGGAGGCGGCAGCGGCAUGGGAGGAGGAAUGGGAGGAGGCAUCUGCGGAGGAGGCAGCAGCUUCGGAGGAGGCAGCAUGGGCGGCAGCUGCGGGAUGGGGGGAGGAAUGUACGGUGGCGGCUUCUCCUCUGGGAGCGGAAGGAUGUGCGGCUCCGGCGGGGGAUCCUCCUCCGUGCGGAGAUGCGUCACCACCACCUCGGUCAAGUCUUCGGGGGUGAGAUUCUGAGCCCCGAAGGUUGACAAGGAAAGAAGCACCUCCUCUCUCCUCCUGACAGCAGCCCAGCCUCCUGAAGCCCAGCUCUGGUGUCCUGCAAUGGGAUGAACUGUGUCCCCCCACCCAGCUUGCUCCAGAUCCCGGUCCCACCCGGCGGUUUGGGGCGAUGCUGUGGGUGUCCCGGCACCGGGAGCUGCCUGGCAGGAGGGGCUGCUCUGCCUUCCUUGCUGUGUUGUACAUUUCUUUUGGCAAAUGUGUA